UUUCGUUUUCUCUCUCAUUCGCUGGGACCAAUGACACCGACAAACACCGAGAAAUGGCUUCUGUUCUUUACGUGGUGUUUAUUCAUGUUUUUAUAGGUGUAUCUACAGGACAGGUGUCCGUAGUUGACCAGCUAUUCUGCCCAUCUUGGAGUGCAUGGAUCACCACGCCGGUGUCUGUCUGUGGCGCUACUUGCGGUAUGGGAACAACGACCCAAAAUCGGACUCGACAAUGCAACCCAAGUUUCGGCAAUCCGGUGCCAACUCCGCCUGUUGGUUGUAGGUUUGCUCAGGUGGAGGUGACUACAAGAACCUGCACUGCUGGUGUUCCCUGUACAGGAGUGGCUGGGACAUGGGGUGCUUGGGCGAAUGAAGGCCUAUGCAGUACUUAUUGCGGCCCAGAUGGUGCACAGACACAGAGAAGGACGCGGACUUGCACUCCAGCAGGCCUGUGCAGCGCUGCUCUGGUGGAAAGAAGGGAGGUUUUUUGCAUAAGAGGAGCGUUUCAACUGACUACCUGUUUCAGGUUUGGAGUUGCGACAUGUGAAGGUCGCGGCUUCCAGACAUUCCUCUAUGACUACAUCCUGCCGUUCUUCAACUUGUGUGUCAAUGGCCGCUACCAACAGGUUCGCUGUCCCGCGAUCCCCUUUACCCUGCUGGCAACGUGUGGGCGCGAUGUCCUUAGAUGCAACCUUUACAGAAUAGUGGAAUUCGUGUGUCUCUUUAUAUAGGGUUGUGCAGAUACACUGAUCGUAUCAAACUGUAAGUUUGAUUGACUAAUAAACAAAGGUGUCACUUA